UAAAGUAUAUUAACAUAUUUGUCAUAAUAAAGACAUAGUUAUAAUCUGAUAAAAUAUCAUUUCCAUAGAAUAUUCACUCCAUUUUAUUACCUCAAUCAGUUCUGUAACUUCUCCAAAGAAAAUGAACGCUCAGUUGAAUUCCACACCGGAUUUCAUUCAAGAGAACGCCGCCGGAAGUGAUUCCGACUCGAACCCCGAUGAUUCGCCGGAAUAUUACGAGCCAAUCUCUUCCACCGCUGAUGACGACGAUGUGCACAUCUCCGAUCAGAUUCCAAAUCAUGUUCAGAGCUCGGAUGAUGAAGAGUGCGACGAAUCUAGUAACUUUCAUCGCCUCCCUAAUGGCUAUGUGAAUUGUGUAGAAAACGGGAUAUCAUCACUGGAUCUAAGUGACGAGGAUGGUGAAUAUAAGAGUGAGGUUGAAGAAGAGGAGGAGAGGAUAAGAGCGGCGUCUGAUACUGCUGUACGGAGAGCAUUCAGAGAGGAUGAGAGCCGUCGCAACACUCCAUUGACGACGGAGAAUGCAAGGAGAGUAAUGGAAGCCAUGCGUAGGAUUUCUUUUGGUGGAGUGGCUCCUGAUUGGACCAGCCAAGUUCCGGAGGAUCAGUGGAUCGAUCAUCUACAAAGAUUGAGAAGUCCACCUGCUACUACCUCGACGAACUGAAACCGAUUUGCCUUUAAUUAGGAACAAAGGAUGCAAUGCAGAAGAUGCCAUCUCCAGUCCAGUUAGUAUCUUGAUUGACAUUGUUACCUUACAUGGACUGGGUCUCAGCAGGCUUGUGAAGUUCUUCCCAUUGUCACCCACUAGUAAGUUACACGGAACCUCCAGUAAGUUUUUCAAGAUAAGUUGUCACAUACAUAUAUAUUAGUACUAUUACUACUAAUUGAAGAGAAGAGGGCAAUCAAAAAGAUCAUAUGAAUAUAAUCAUUACAGCUCUCGAGCCGUGCUAAGUGUGGACCAAACUUCGUCCAGUAAAAGAAACUAAAAAGCAGUGGCCUGAACUAACUGUUGAAUUGCCAAAUCAAUAUGAAAAUGAGUUUUGUCAAGUCCUUCUUUCCGUUACCAACUGUUUUAACCUUCAACGGAUGGGAAGGGUGUGAGCUUAAUGUGACGGACUGCCCUAUUUUUUCUUCUUCUUCUUCUUUAACCUCAAAAUGCUUUAAGAAAUGGCGCCAACACUUGUCACGAGUACUUGAGCAACAAGUGCGAUCCCCUCUACCAUAUAACUUCUUGAUUACUUCCUGUUCAAGAUUAAAUUAUUUUCAAAUAAAAAGAUUGAUGUAUCAUUCUUUUACGAAAAGACAAGUAAGAAACUGAAAGCUUACAAGUGCAGUUGGAGAAAAACUAUUAUGUAUUGAUAGAGUCAAUGUGUUGGGAAGUAAGUUAUCAAUAAUAUAUCUCAUCAAAUAUUCCUGUUGA